AUGUCGAAGUUUAUCUUGUUUCUCUACCUCGCUACCCAUAUGAGCACUGCUCAUCCCGGCCAUAGCCCCCAGAUAACAGCCAGCCUAUACGGUCGCCAGAACACUAUUAUUUCCUCCUCCAUCUCGUUUAGUACGCGAAUAAUUUCUGGAUCAGAUAACUGCAAUGGUACGAUAUAUUCUCCGGAGUUAAUGAAUAAUAAUUGAUGACUCUAGGAUGUGGACCCGGUACUUACUGUCUCAUUGACGGUGUGUGCUGCGACAACCAAGUGGAUCCCGCCACAUGCGCUAGUAAUAACGGUCUCCAACUCUCAGUCAGCUUCUCAAGGUCGACUAGUUUCCUCUCCUCGACACAAGCAUCUUCUCCUCGCCCUUCCUCAGUCUCGAGCACAAGUGGCGCCUCAAGUUCAAACGCGAGCCGAACCUCAAACACUAAUGCAAGUCGAGCCUCAACUUCCAACCCAAGCAGUACCUCAACAUCCGGCCGUACCUCAACCUCCGGCCGUACCUCAACCUCCGGCCGUACCUCAACCUCCGGCCGUACCUCAACCUCCGGCCGUACCUCAACCUCUGGCCGUACCUCAACCUCCGGCCGUGCCUCAACCACCGGCCCAAACAGAACCUCGAAAUCUGACGCAAGCCGAGCCUCGAGCUCAAAGGCAAGCCGAUCCUCAAGCUUCAAUGUAAGCAGGUCCUCGAGCUCCAACGGAAGCGGGGCACCGCCAGAGCGACCUUCCACCAAACGGCCAGAGCCCUCCACCUACCCCACAGUCGACGAGGACUCUGUCGCGCCGAAGGAAGCUGCACCAGUCACCACCACCUACGGCCCCAUUACCGCCACCAUCGCCGACAACCCCGUGACCCUGGCCUUCUCCGGAGAAGUCCUCCCGCUCCAAACCGUUGCCAAUCACAAGCCUAUCUCCAGCAAGUUUAAAGACGCCGUGCUUGCAGCGUUGGCGAAGGAUCCUGAGACUAGAGCUUUCGGGGAUCUUUUGACGCAGGCACCAUCAGUCUUCGAGGGCCUCGAGGAAAAAAAGGAAUACUACCUUUUCGCGCCCACUACCAAGUUCGUUAUAGACUUCCUCAAACGCAUGCAGGACAACCCCUCGCGGUUGGCCCGCCGCAAGGUCCUUGUUGACCCCAACACCAGCCAGCAGUUUGCGGAGAAGCCCAAGGGCGCGCCGGAUAUCAAGCGCGUGUCGAGCACUCUCGAGACGGCCCUUGUAGGCGAAACCAAAUAUGUUGACCUUGGAGCUAGCGAGGGUGCUCGGGUGGUCUCAGAUCCUGAGAGUAAUGAGAACGGUACGGUGUAUGUGACCUCGGGAUUUGGGAAUUCGACGUUGGUGCAUGCUGGCGAGAUACCCUUUGAGGGUGGUAUCAUCAAGAAAUGUGACGGGUAAGGAACGGCACUUUUAACUAGUUUGGCUCAAGUGAACUAACACUGUUAAAGAUUUUUCACUCUGCCACACGCGAUUGAAACAGUCUUUUCCAACACCAGUGGGCGCUUGUGGUCCACGGCUCUGCAAAGGGCGGGCAUGUUGACAGAGCUAUCGGAGAAACGAAUGGUGACAAUCUUCGCCGUGCAGGACUCUGUUCUGGACGAAGCAAAUCUUCCGGGGUCAGCCGAUCUAAGCCGGCUCAUCUACGAAAAGCUUUUGUACUCGCCCGACAUGAGCGAUGGCCUUUGCUUGGCGACGAAGGGUGGUGGCUCGUUGAGCAUCAAGCGGAAUGGUAACGACAUACUCGUCAACGGAGCCCGGAUCUCCAGGGCCAAUGUUAUUGCCAAGAACGGCGCCAUCCAUUAUCUGGAGAAGGUAUGCUACACACUCCCUGCCUUCACAUUUCCGUACUAAACCGCCUUUAGAUUCCGCCGGCCGGGGGAUGCGGGGGCUCUGGAUCUAGUGUCGGUGUGCAGAGUGACAAAAAGUCUGCCGGUUCAAUAAUGGUCGUCUCCAGAAUGGCUGUCCUGAGUUUGUCGGUUGCUAGCCUUGCAGUGUGUUUGUGGACGUAAGGUUCUGGGCAGGUCAUGCGGUGGAUGCCUAUGGUCUCGAUGCCCGCCAGGUAUGCAAUUGAAUUAUAGGGGGGAUUUCCUAAACAUCGAGACGGGGAACCCAGAAUGGUAGAAAAAACCAAUACCCUCUGCUCUAGAAGUUUCAAGGUAGAAUGGGGAGAGCUGAUGGAAUAUGUAUAAUUAAGGCGGUCGUUAAUGCUCGGUGUGCUGUUUAUAAAAUUUAAUAUCAUAAUUAACUGACAACCUAAAAUCCUAUUGGCUCCCUCCAACUACAGAGCAAAAGUCUCGGUAACCAGGAGCACGUCAGUUCUCGAUUCGUCUUCAACGACAAUGUGUAG